AUGAAGGGAUCCUUGGAUUCCUUAAUUGAUAAAGCCCAAUCGGCUUUUAUCCCGGGUAGGAGGAUUAUGGAUAAUAUUCUUAUGGCUCAUGAGCUUGUUUCUGGGUACCAGUUGUCUAAUGGCCCACCUAGAUGUGCGUUUAAAAUUGAUAUUAAAAAGGCUUAUGAUACGGUGGAUUGGCGUUUCCUAGUUGUUAUGCUUGAAGGCUUAGGAUUCCAUCCAGUUCUGGUAAAGUGGAUAAGGGAGAUGGUGUCAACCACUUCCUAUUCACUUUCACUCAAUGGUAAUUCCUAUGGUUUCUUUCAUGGAGGGAGGGGUUUGCGACAAGGGGAUGUUCUUUCGGUGGAAGUGCUCAAGAAGGCGCUAUUUCUGUUUCAAUGUCAUUCGGGAUUAGCACCAAGUCUUGAAAAAAGUGAAAUUUACUUUGGAAAUGUGCCUUCCAACAUUAAGGAGGCCAUUCUAGAGUGUCUCCCUUUUAAACUUGGUUCUUUUCCUGUUCGCUACUUGGGGGUUCCUUUAUCUCAGGCUCGGUUGAAACUUUGUGAUUAUGCUCCGUUAAUUGCUAAGGUAAAGGGUCGUAUUAUUAAUUGGAAGUCCAAGUUUCUGUCGUUUGGUGGGCGUUGGGAUGAUCUGAGAGGUAGAUGUAGAUUAUCUUGGGAUGUGGUUUGUCGUCCUUUGGAUGCUGGUGGCCUCGGGAUUAAGAGGCUGUCUAUUUGGAAUAGUGCUUUAUUGGUGAAACAUGUGUGGGAUGUAGUGCGGCAUCGGGAUUCAUUGUGGGUUUCUUGGAUUUAUGGUCAGUAUCUUCGUUCUUCUCAUUUCUGGAUGGUGCGGAAAAGCUCUUAUUGGUCUUGGGUUUUUCGAAAACUGUUGGACUUACGAAGUCAAUUGCGUCGAUUUAUGUUUUCCCAGAUUGGGGAUGGUAGGGCUACAAAUGCUUGGGAAGAUAAUUGGCUAUCCUGUGGUCGUCUUUCGGCGUUUAUUUCUUAUCAAAUUGUUCAUUCUUGUGGUUUUUCUACUUCUACGACGGUUCGUGAUCUUCUUCUGAAUUGGAAUGGUAUAUGGCCGGAUGAUUGGAGUAGUCGGUUUGCUGAACUGUCUUCUCCUUUACCUUUGUUGAAUGAUUUUGUUCGUGACAAAGUUCUCUGGGGUGAAGAUCGUAAUUCUGCUGCGGAUUUCUUGGUGAGUAAUACUUGUACUUUGUUAGAGGGAGAUCAUCCUGUUGUUCCUUGGCAUAAAGCAGUGUGGUUCCCUGGCCAUAUCCCUAAGCAUGCAUUCUGUUUAUGGCUGGCUUGUCAGGGGCGUCUUCUUACUCAAGAUCUGUCCUUAUGCUCGAGAGGUUAUGUCCUUAUUCCAUCUCCUAAUCAAGUGGAGGAUAAAGUCUGUUGGGUUGAUUAUAAGGGUGCUCGGGGUGAUUUUCAGGUUACUGUGGCUUGGAAGACUUUACAGGAGAAGAAAUUGCCAACCCAAGAUCGUAUCAGUCAGCGGAAGCAUGAACCACCGGAUUUAAACAGUAUUUGGGAAGGCAUUAAAAUGGAGGUGGGUUUAACGUCUUAUCUUAACAAUUGGGAGGAUAUUCUUCACAGGGGUUCCGUUCAAAAUUGGAAAUCUUGGUCUACGGUUCAGAGACUUGGUUUAUCGGCAACUGUUUAUAAUAUCUGGAGGGAACGAAACAGGAAGUUCUUCGACAAUUUCAAUCAUUCGGAGGAUAAAGUUAUUGCGGUAAUCAAGAUGCAGAUUCUUCAUCGAAUGGCUUGGAAGAACAGGAAGAAGAUUAUGAAUUCCAAUGACAUGUGA